UUUGUUUUUCCAGCAAAGCAAAUAAAUAAUUGGUUAAAUUUAAGCUCGGUGUUCAACUUUUCAGGUUGAAAUAAUCAGGAAAAAUCUCUUCAAAGUUGUUAGUCGAGAAAAAAAAAAAGAGAGAAAAUAUAAAAUUGGUUUGUCCUCAGACGUGAUGUCAGACGCCGAAGGAAAGAAUAAGGACUCCUCCACAAGCUGCAUGCCCGAAACGCAACUAACAGAAGAGCAGAGCAGCGAGGCUGCGGGUGAGGAGGAAGAGGGGCAGUCUAUAGGCAGCUGUAAUGGGGUUGGAAAUGUCCCACCACCGCCUGACCAAAGCAAGCUGCAUGGACAGUCUCAAGUCUACACAGCAAUCAAAGACACUCUUUUCUCAAAGGAGACAACUCACCCUGCAAUGCAUGCAUUGUCACUGGAGAGGGUCUUCGGGAUGAAUCCUGCCCUGCCUGUCUUCAGUCUGCAAGACCACAGUCAGCUGGUUUUCCUGUACGCUGCAGCUCAUGUUGGGAUCAUAUUCAGUCAAACCUCCAAUUCCCAGCACAUUCUUCAGGGUCACUCCUCUCCCAUCUCAUGCAUGUGCGCGAGUGAGAACAGACGCUGGAUCGCCACAGGAGACAGCGGGUCAAGGAGCACGGUGAUCAUAUGGGACUCCUACUCUCGCAUUCCUGUGAACACACUGUUUGAUUGCCACCUUGCCAGCGGCGUCGCUGCUGUGGUGUUUUCCAGCGACACGAAAUACCUGGCAACUCUGGGGAAACCAGGAUCUCAGAGCUUGUGUAUUUGGGAUUGGACCAGUGAUGCACAAAAGCCCCUCUGCUGUUCCGAACUUAGUCCCAAACACGGUUUUCAAGAAUACAUCCUUUUCAACCCAAACGAUAGCACUCAGCUUCUCAGCGGCAGCAAAAGUCACCUGUUAAUCUACAGCUGGGCCGACGGAAGCUUGCAAUACUUCGCACUGAAGCUCAGGAAGUUCACCACCGCAGCCGAUCCCAGUGUAUUUACACAGCCUUCCCCAGAAUACGGUGAAAGCGUUGGCCUGGCAGACAUGCCUCUGAGUCGUUCCGUGUUUCACUGGAAAAAGCCUCAGGUCCUGAAAGCCAUAGGCGACUGCGUCGUGAUGUGCGACAUUGGUGAAGACUUGAUUGAAAAACAGCACCUGUCCAUUGAUAAAGUAAAGACAGUCCGUGUCCAACAAGAACCCAUCACUGUUCUCGCCACAACUGAUUGCUACGUCGUUACCGGUGACAUCCAAGGCCAUGUCAAGUUUUAUGACGAUCACUUCCAGAUUGUCAGCUGGUACAACAAUUUCAACAUGGAUCCUGUAGUUUCCAUCUCAUUUUCCAAAGAUGCACCUAUAGAAGGCAAUCAGGAGGACUGCACUCUGGAGGCAAACCCAUUGGUAAUCAGGAAUUUUAUCAUCUCCACCAUCAACUCCAAAGUCGUACACGUGAACGCACAGAGCGGCGUCGCUCAGACUCUUCUGCAGGAUGAUUAUGAGCCUCUCCACGCAGUGGCAUGCCAUCCCUAUAACACAGCUGUGGCCCUGGGCAACCAACGUGGCGUUUUAAAAUUAUGGGAUUAUAACAGCAAAGUAAUCAUUGGCAACAAGGUCUUCGAGAAGGAAAAGCUUAUCCAGUGUGUUACUUUUGAUCCAAAAGGAUUAUACUUGGCAGUGGGCUUUAAGACUGGAGCCGUUUACAUACUGGAUGCCUGCACUUUGCAAACUAACCCUAAGGACGGCUUCCACUGCACCACAGACAGCAUCCAUCUGAUCUCCUUCUCCCCAGAUUCGCAGUAUCUUGCCACUGCAGAUGCUGGUAAAGCUGUGACAGUUUUCCGCUCUCAGAGGGACAAGGGCUCAUCGCCUCGGUGGACGUACCUGGGCAGGUACUGCUCUCACUACAAGCCCAUCAAAGACCUUCUUUUUGGGCUUCAUCUGGACAGCAACCUACCAAGACUACUCUCCCUGGGAUCGGACCGCCUACUAGUGGAGUACGACCUGGAAAACAGCGACGGGAACAAGCUCCUCAUCCUCAGCUCCGAGCGCAUUGAGCAGAGCGCUGUGCCGGGCUGCAUGGUUUGGUAUCCUCCUUGCAGCACAGAGCAGUUCCUGCUCGUUGCCUCAGACCAGUACAAGAUGAAGCUAUUCAACAGCACAACCAACAUGUGCAGGAAGACGCUCCUAGGGCCAACGUAUGGUUCUCCAAUUAAGCAAAUGGUGGUCCUUCCCAAGUCAAAAGAACCUGAGAGAAACUCAUAUGACCUGGCAUUCAUCACUGAGGAUAAGUUGGGUCUCCAGAUGUUGCCGUUGGACGGCAACCCCUACAAGUCCAACGCUUUGAUCUGUCAUCCGACAGGCGUCUCUGCCCUUGUGUGCUCCUGCGAUGGCAAGUUUGUCUUUACCACUGGAGGAUCGGAGUGUUGUGCCCUGUCAUGGAAAGUGAACUUAGACGUACUGGACGCAAUGGCCGCCAUGGGUGGAAAGGACAUGGUGCCAUUUUAUUCACUCCUCGAAGGUGGAAGAGAUGGCAGGUUUUACAGGGAGAUGGAGGACUUUUUCUAUUACUGCCAAAUCCGCCAUCAAGGCGCUGACGUGAUGAAGACACCAGAAAUAUCCACCAAAAUUCUCCUGUCGGAAGUUCCCUAUUUAAUGAGCGCUUUGGGCCACUUUCCUACAGAACAAGAGAUAGAAGACAUCCACAAUGAGGUCAAAUUCAGCAGAUAUGCUGAAACUGGAAAAUAUGUGACUGACAUUGACCUGGAGGAGUUCAUCAAGCUGUAUAUCAACCAUCGGCCAGCCUUUGGGAUCUCCAUUGAUGAGCUUGUUCAAGCUUUUCAUGUCCUUGGUGAAAAGGACAGUACGGGGCAGCCUGUUCUGCCGAAAAAUGUCCUAGGACUUCUACAGGCUCGAGGAGAACGCAUGACAGAAGAAGAGGUAGCAGAGUGUUUUGCCACACUGAUGGGGGCCAAUGAAGAAAAAGUAGAGGAAGAGGAAGAGGAAGAGACACCCUGUGAGGAAUAUUCACUGGCGUGUCUGAUCCCAGAUGAGAUAUCUGUGGAGACAUUUACAGGUCACAUCCUUGGCUUACCAUUACCGAAGGAGCAGAGAGACAGCACUUCUCCCCCGGAGUGAUAACAUCAGCAGCCUGCCAGCUCGUCAGAGAGAGGAAGAUUUCACCUCUAAAACGCUUAUGAUUUCUGUGUUAUAGUAGGUUCCUGCAUUGAUACUAAAUGUUUAAAUAUGUUGUCUGAUUUAAAAUAAAUAAAUAUCACUUUUGAGGAUUUCUUUUAGACA